CUCUCUUACUCUGAGUUGGAACGUGUGAGAUCUGUCUGUAGCCUGCCUGAGCUCGAGAUUGUAGGGAACCGACUAGGCACAUGGUUGCUCAUUUGUAAGUGUAAUCCCACUUGAGAAAGAGACAGUGAUAAAGAGAGGAAGAGGGAAAAGAGGGAAAGGUGCCAGAGUCAGUAUAAGAGAGACAGAAAGAAAAAGAGAAGAGGCAGGGAGAGAGUACAAAGCAUUUCCACCUGUAGUACAAUGGAAGACUGUGCAGUGUCUUUCUGGAUUUACAUCGGAGUGAUGUCCAUCCUUCUUGGUGGAGUGGUGAAGAAGUUUCUGGCAUUCCAUAUCGGUGCCGUGCCCUCAGUGGUGGCAUGGCUGGGUGCCACUCUGCUUGUGGAGAGACUGUGUGCCCUGUGCGUGCCCGCUGUGCUGGCAAGAUUGGUCCUCUGUGUGUCCUGCUGGCUGUACUUUACGUGGGCCACCCCCAAACCCUUCCUGCCAGUUGAAGGCAAAGCUGUCUUCAUCACAGGUUGUGAUUCAGGGUUUGGGAACGCUACAGCAAAGCGGUUAGAUGCCAUGGGGUUUGAAGUGUUCGCGACCGUAUUGAACUUGGACGGAGAGGGAGCCGAUCACUUGCGUAGAGUCUGUUCAUCACGCCUUACCCUCCUGCAGGUAGACAUCACCCAGCCUCAGCAGGUACAGCAAGCCCUGCUCGACACCAAGGCCAAACUUGGCAUGAGAGAUUUGUGGGGGCUUGUUAAUAACGCUGGAUGUUGUGUGAACAUUGGGGAUGCUGAGCUCUCGCUGAUGUCCAACUACAGAGGAUGCAUGGAGGUUAACUUCUUUGGAACACUUACCGUCACCAGGACCUUCCUGCCACUUCUCAGACAGGCUAAAGGCCGGAUUGUGACAAUCUCCAGCCCUUCAGGUGAGCAUCCCUUCCCUUGUUUGGUGUCGUACGGGGCUUCAAAAGCUGCUCUGAAUCUUUUUACCAACACACUUCGUCAUGAGCUGGAGCCAUGGGGUGUCAAAGUCUCCACCAUCUUACCCUCUGCAUUUAAGACAGGGCAGAGCAGUAACACAGAGUACUGGGAAAAACAGUACAAGGACCUGAUCAAAAACUUGCCUCCAAGCCUUCUAGAAGAAUAUGGGGAAGAAUACCUGCUGGAGACCAAGGAACUGUUCCAGAGUUACGCAAAAACAGCCAAUGAGGAUCUGAGCCCCGUCAUCAACACCAUUGUGGACGCACUCCUCUCUCCUCAACCGCAGGUGCGAUACUAUGCCGGGCCAGGUUUAAUGCUCAUGUACUUCAUCUGCAGCUACUUGCCUUUGAGCAUCAGUGACAGGUUCCUCCAGAAACUCUUUGUACAGAAGAAAGUGAUGCCUCGUGCCCUUAGGAAACAACAAGGCCUGAGCCUCAACGACAAUAACAACAGCAUAAAUGAGAACAUGAAUAACAGUAACAACAACAACAACAGCUUCACAAAGAUUAUUGAUUAGUUCUGGUAAAGAGUGAAAAAAACAUCCUUUAGCACCACUAAAGUGAUCUACUUAUAGAGAUAUGUUUCCAUUGUCUACACUUUACUUUUCUUUUGUCUUCAUUUUGUUGUAUAUAUUGUGUAAUAUGUUGAGGGGAUCACUGAAUUGCACCAAAUCAUCUAUGGUAAACCCAGUGCUUAAAAGGCAGAUGACACUCUUGAGCAUCAUGAAGAUAAUAAUAAAAAAGAGGUCAUGCCCACAGGCCAUAUUUAUAAUGAAUACAAGUUCUCAGGUGAGGCAAGAUCCAAACAGAUAACAUAGAGUUUAUGUAUUUCUCAGAAGGCAUAAAUUCUGGGCGUUCACCAUGGAGACACCUUAAUUGAGUUUGGUGUGAAAUUUCAAUUUCACUAAGGCAUGGAUGAUCAUUAACAGCCAAACAUCUGAAGAUGUGUUCCGAUACUACACUGACUGAGAAGCUGAUGAUAAUGUUACUAUGAUCAAACCAGGGUCAAAUGUGGUCAGAGUGCAACAUCAAGUAAAUAUUUAUUUUUUUUAAUUUUUUUUUUAAUUUUUUUUUUGUUCUUUAAGUGACCAAUGGGCUGAAGUGGUUCCUAAAGUCAGAAGUCCUUUUUUUUUUAAUGUAUUUUACACCAUAGUUUUGCAUUUGUUAUAUUUGUUUAUUUUUUUCCAUGUCACAUUUUUUGGCAUAAUUAUGCCAUUUUAUUCUUAAAUAAAUCACUUAAACUGUGAAUUUUAUACAAAUGUGGAAAAAAGAACGGAAAAAAAAAUUGUUCACUUGAUCAUUCUUAGAGUAUAUUAAAGCUGACUUUUUAAAUAAUC